CGUGUCGGUGUAUGUUGCGAGGGAUGUAACUCUAUAUAAACAGAGAACAGGGAAAUGACGAACAGGGAAUUUGAGCACCAACCCAUUCGUUAAAUUAUUUGUUUUUCGUCUGUGUAACGCCAUUGUCAGCUGAGAGAUUCAUAAGCUUGUUGAAGACCGUAACAUAGCGGUCUGCCUGGCUUAUUACUGGGUCAGUGUCGUGAGUUGUGUGGGUGGUAGCUAAACAUCUAUACACCACUUAAACCAGAGACGGUCUUUAAUAGUAUCCCAGUACCCUGAGUCUGUGCUGAGUGACCACCAAGGAUGACAGUGACAGAGACAUUACAAGGGGUGGGUGAGACAGUCCUGCCUGUCCCCACCUCCGCACGCCCCACAGGGAUAGAUGCUGUGAUUGAUUUUAUCGGCGGCUGUGCAGGGGGCGUGGCCACUGUUUACACUGGCCAGCCAUUGGAUACUGUGAAGGUAAAGAUGCAGACAUUCCCCACGAUGUACCGAAAUGCUCUGGACUGUUUUCUGAAGACUUACAAACAGGAUGGAAUAGCCAGGGGCUUAUAUGCUGGCACAGUUCCUUCACUGGCAGCCAAUGUGGCAGAAAACUCAAUUCUCUUCUGUUUCUACGGGAUGUGCCAAAAAGCCGUGGCUUUCACAGCAGGUGUGCAGGACGUGAAAGACUUGCACCCGCUGCACAAUGCAUUUGCGGGAACGGGAGCUGCAUUUUUCUCCUCGUUUAGCCUCUGUCCCACAGAGCUGAUUAAAUGUCGACUACAGGCUAUGAGAGAAAUGGCCACCAAAGGGGAACUGGAAGGUGGGCUAGAGAGACUCAAAAUAGGUCCACUUGGACUGACCAGAGAGAUUCUGAGAGCUGAGGGCAUCCAGGGCUUGUUUAAGGGGCUGACCAGUACAUUUAUGAGGGAAAUGCCAGGCUACUUCUUCUUCUUUGGAGGAUAUGAAAUCACUCGGCAGCUGCUUACUGCGGAGGGAAAGACGAAGGAUGAAAUAGGAGUAGUUAGGACGAUUGUUUCCGGUGGAGUAGGGGGUGUCUGCUUGUGGACGGCCAUUUUCCCUGCCGACGUAGUCAAGUCACGCAUUCAGGUGCAGGCUGUUGUGGGAUCAAAGGCACCUACUUUUACAGCCACCCUACUCCAUAUAUUCAGAGCUGAAGGUAUCCGGGCACUGUACAAGGGACUGGGACCGACCGUGCUACGAACCUUCCCUGCCACAGGGGCCUUGUUCCUGGCUUAUGAAAUGACCAAAAAGUGGCUGAGUGCCGGUGUGGAUAGCUUCUUGUAACGCUCCUGAAUUUUAGUACAUCAAGCUUGUCCAUCAACAGGGAUGCAGAACCAUCUCUGAUUGGCUAGUGUGAGAGACAGGCAGCUCCAGGAUGUGCCUAACUAACUUGAAUUUUAAGUAAAUUUAUUCAAGCAUGACCAUGUUUGUAAGCUUUAACCUGAGAAUUCCUUUCCCCACUUUCAGCCAUCCAGCGUCGAUUCUGUAUCCCUUUAAGUAAAGUUUUGGGAAAGUUUAUGCCCUCCACUUAUCACUUUUAGGAUUUGUAAAUAUGUCCUCUGUAAAACAUGUAAAAUGAUGUACAUUGUAUAAACCAUAAAUACAUGUAUCCUCAUGAUAUUCUGUAUGUGAUAUUUCAGGUGUUAAGAAGGGAAUUGCAUAUUGUAAUGGUAUGUUAGUGUAAUUGUAAAAGACAUCAGGUAAAUGCGGUGAAUCUCACAUUGUUGCUUUUUUUACAUUUUGUCUCAUGUUGAAUUCAUUAUUGAAUUGGAACAUUCUGUUGUUGAUCAUAUGUUAUGAUCUACUCUUAAAAAUUUAGUGAAUUAAUUUUGGAUUAAAACCGUGUUCCUGUUUUACAAUUUCCCAUCUCACAGUACCCUAUUUUGGUUUCAAGGUUAACAUUGUCAGUGAUGUUUGUAUAGGAUAAUGCAGAUGUCUAACAUAUCAUCCUAUGAUAGGUAUAACUUAAUUGUUACAACUGUUGAUAUUUCUUACAGUUUUCCGUUUGUUAAAGGAAAAUGUAGGGAAAGUUUAUUACUUGGUCUCGCAUUGAAAGAAAGGUUUUGGGAAUGAAAAUGUUCAAAAAAUUUCAUGAUCUUUGGGCAGUUUUUGAACCUGCAUUUCCUCUGUCCACAAGUUUGCAAUGCACUGUUGAUAUUUCUUACAGUUUCCAUCUGUUAAAGGACAUUGUGGGGAGUGUUUAUUGCUAUUCCAUGAUUUUUUUUUUAUGCAUGUUUUUUUAUUGAAACCCUGGCAGUCAGGGAUUCAAACCAGCUGGAUUGGGGGCCUCCAUUUAGACAGAUCAUGUGACUGGAUACAUCAUGGAAUCCUGGACUUGAAACUUGGUAUCCACAGGCAACCAUGUUAAUUUUCAGAUGAAGUUUGCAUACGUUACCAGUAUUCUGUUUUGUUGAGUUUGUGUACAUUACCAGUACUCUGUUUUGUUGAGUUAGUGAAAAGUUACACCUAUAUGUGUGGAUGACCAUUUCGACAGUUUUGCAAACUUUUUGCUUUAUGGACUCUUCAUUGGUAUAACUUGAACCUAAGUAUGUUUCCGUUUCUUUGCGAUUUUUAAUUUUUUUUUAAUUUGAGAUUGCACCAAGCUUCCAGUAUUUUUUUUUGUGGUUUGGUUGGGCACACAUACUGCCGCUGUAGAUGGCUUACUCUAUAUGUAGUUGAUCUACACAUUGACCCAAUAACACAAACUGGUAUCUUUUAUAUUUCUUAUUCCGUAGCUUUACCAUGGCUUAAACCAUAGUCCUUCAUUUUGUGGCUUUAUUUGUCACCAAUGUAACAUGACAUAUUCCGAAUGCCUUUGUGGGUGUCUGCUACUAUAGACUUAUUUUACAUCUGUGUAUGUGUGAUGUGUGCUAACACUUGGAGAAAUUUCACAGUCACUGCAGGAAUGGAAGGUGUUCAAAUUCCCAAAGACCAGUUUUUAUUUCUGGAAUUAUUAUCACAGUUUCCUCUAACUCAGACAACAAUAUUUUCUGUUCAUAAUUUUCUUCUAAACCAGCUUAUUUGUUUUCAACCUCUGCAAGGGUUAACUAUUAAGCUGUUUUCAGGUGCCAAGAAUUGUUAAGUUUGUUGACAUAAUAUAGGCCUAACUGACGUAUACAUGUACCUAAAUGACCUAAAAGUUUGCCCACAAAAGUGCAUUUCCAGGGGCAAAUAAAUGUCACAAAAUAUUAUUUUGUGCUGAAAGGUACAAUUUUCCAUUAGAAUAUCAUCCCAUGAUCCAAGCCAACCUCAAAACACCUUUCCAAAAUCAAUAGAACUCGCAGAAUCAGGAAAAACGGGCAAGUUAAUCAUGAAUGAAAU